AUGCGUGAAGAGGCGAGUGUGCCUUUGGUGGAAAAAGCGGGUGUUGGGGAUGAUCGAACGGGAAAUGCAUCCACAUCAGAAGUGCCUCAAAAAGAACAAAAUCACAAGCAACCACGACAAUCGCAGCCACACAUUGCACACCACAAAUUCGGGCUUCGGCUGAGCACGGAGAAGAUGCGAGCACCCAGCCACAAAACGUCCCUCCUAUUAGCAUUUUGUCGUCAGCUCUCACUUUCUUCAAUAUUCCGGCUUAUUGGCGAAGCGAUCGGCACGUAUCCGCUCGCUUUCCUCAUCUCGGCGCUCAUCCUUUGCUCAACUUCAGUGGGAAUGGUUCAAUUGCAUCUACGGGACAACGUGCGAGAUGGUUUCACUCCGUACACCUCGUCGGCAAAAUUCGAAGCUGAGACGUACAAGCAGUUCUUGAACGCUAAAGGCGAUCCAAUGACCACUUCGGUACUAAUGGUGGCCAAGGAUGGAGGAUCAAUGCAUCGAGUCGAUCACUUGUUAGAGGUCCGAGAAACGAUCAACUACAUCACCAACAAUUUGACUACCUUUUACGAAGAUCGACCCGUCACAUAUCGAGAUUUCUGCGGCGCUUACUGUGACGCGAAUCUCCCCGUCCUCACGUUCAUCGAAUCUUAUCUCUCCAAGUUAAACAACGACACCAGUUUCCAGGUGGAGAUCGCGUUGACAUAUCCCAUCGCUAAAGUGGUCACUUUUGACAUUCCAAUUCACUUGGAGCGAAAUUUUUUCGGCGUUAAUGUGACAACGGACGAGAAAGCGAUGAAAAUCACGAAUAUUGAGUCAAUAAAGUUAAUCUUGGCAACUUUCUUGGGUGAACUGAAGAAAGAUGGGGAUGAUGGAAGGAUGAGAGCUUGGGAGAUGCAAGUUUACUCGUGGGCAAGACAAAGGAAGAGUCGUUUAAUCGAUGUUUUGGUGAUCGGUGUCGAGAUCGUUGAUGUGGAGAUCAACCGUGAGGCGCAGAGGAUGUCUCCAUAUUUCGCUUACGGUUUCAUCUCGAUGUUUCUCUUUGUUUGCUCGACCGUUUACUUCUCGGCGCUCUAUUUCGAUCGAUUGUCAUGGUACACCGUCAUUGUCGCCUUAUGUUCAACGGUUGUCCCGGUGAUGGCGAUCACCUCAACCCUAGGCGCUUUGUCGAUUUUCGGUUCCCCCAUCAAUCAACUCUUGCUCAUCAUGCCGUUUUUGAUCAUGGGAAUUGGUGUAAACGACUCAUUUUUGACGGUACACGCCUGGUUGCGGCAAUCGAAUCACGAGGAUCUCGCGAUCACAAUGGGACGGGUUUUCGAAGAGGUUGGCCCAUCGAUUACAACAACCACCCUCACUAAUGUGAUCACUUUUUUGAUUGGGGCACUAACACCGACAAGUGAGAUCUCAAUUUUCUGCUUUGGCACAGCGAUCGCCCUUGGAAUGGCGUACAUCUACACGUUGAUCCUCUUCGGCCCAAUCCUCUACUAUGCUUCACCGAAAGAAACAAAGCCAAUCAUUCGAGCGCAAACUGGUUGGAGGCUAAAGCUCCACAACUAUCUCGAGUUGGCCAUCGACUGGUACGCAAAAAUUGUCAGUCAUCGACUCACCGCUUUAUUGCUUUUCGCUGGGAGUUUAGUCUAUUGGUUCUUCGCUAUCAAGGGGACAAUCCAGAUCGAGUCGAAGCUGGAUACUGGAAAAAUUUUGCCCAUUGAGACGCCAAUUCGACGACCAAAUCGCCUCAUGGAAGAGAUUGUCUGGCCUGAGUACUAUCCGUUGACCGUAAUCGUCAACAAUCCGAUCGACAUCCGCUCAAAGGGAAAUUUGGAGAGAAUAUUUGCGAUGCACGAUCAAUUCGAGAAAAUGCCGCAUAAUAGAGGCAAAGAGUUCACUUUGUCUUGGCUUCGUGAGUACCAGGUCUACUAUGAGCAUGACUCGGUUUUCGACUUCGACAUGAGCGAUGAGGAAACCGAAUCGAAGCUCAGCUACUCAAAAUUGAAAGAUUUCCUCAACGAUACUGUGCGGCGACAGUUUCAAUCAUUUUUACGGGUCGACUUUUCGAAACCAAUCCCUGUGCAAAAGUUCUCAUUGGUUUUCGCUUUUGAGAAUAUCAUUUCAUGGGACGCUCGGAUCACGCUCGUGCAACAAUGGAGAAAAAUUCUCGAGUCGUACCCCGAGAUGAACGCGACGAUCUAUGAUGUGAAUGGAUUGUUUGUCGAUCAAAUCAUCUCACUCAAGCCGUUGACAAUGCAGAGCGUUAUCUGGACAUUGAUUUGCAUGGUGGUCGUCUGUGCAUUGUUCAUCCAAAAUCCAGUCUCUGUAGCUUUGGCCUCUUUUGCCAUUGCGAGUAUUUCACUGGGCACUGUUGGCUAUUUAUCCUUUUGGCACUUGGAUCUCGAUCCUGUCUCGUUGGGUGCUAUUUUGAUGAGCAUCGGGAUGUCCGUAGAUUUCACUGCUCACACUACUUAUCACUAUCAACUCCAAAGCCACAUGGUCGAGAAAAACGGGAAAUUCGUCUUAGAGCCAUUGAGAGAUCCUAUUGACAAGUUGAAGCACACGCUUGUUUCUGUCGCUUGGCCAAUGACACAAGCCGGUUUAUCGACUGUCAUUUGUAUUCUGCCGUUGAUACUUUUACAGAACUAUAUUCCGUUGGUGUUCGUCAAGACGAUCUCCCUCGUCGUCAUUUGGGGCCUAUGGCACGGACUGGUGCUGUUGCCGGCUUGUCUAGCUCAGGUUCCCUCUUGGCUACUUGACAUCAACUGUUACCGAAAUCUUUUUCGAAAUGGAUCUCGCGAUGAGAUCGGCGAAAGUGAACGAGAAAUGGACACAAUUGUCGACAGUGUCGCCGUCACUCCUUUAGUC